AUGCAGCAAACAGUGCGUCAAACGAAUCCAUCAUCAGCAAGGGGAAUCGAGGGAGCACAUGGUGCUGAGAUCAUUGAGGGAAGAGUCGCAGUUCCACUGUCGACGAAGACGAUUCCCACGUCGUUUCUACUCCCAUCUCAGUGGCCUCAUCCCCAUAACGAAGAACUCCUUCUCGCCAUUGAGGAGUCUGAUUUCGAAGAAAAGUGUAAUGAAAUCAGCAAGAUGAGUAGCAACCUGAUUGUGAUUGGGAAAACUUCGACCGGCAACGAGAAGGAAGAUUUUGAUAAUGAUGGCGAGGAUGAUGAUGUUGACGACAAUGCAGGGGAAUCUGAGGGUGAGGAGUUUGAGCAAGAAACUGGUUGAAGAAACUGUGCAUCAAUGUGAACUUAUAUAUUUGUUUGCGAGAAUACCAAGUUGAGUACAAAUUCCAGCACCAAAUUAUGCAUUCGCUCCGCAUGCUGCCACAAUUUGCUUCCUGCUAUGUGUGCUACACACUCUUCUGUUAUGCUUGAUGUAAGUUUCCAUAGACCACCACUAUAGACUGAGAAACCGGAGAAAUAAAUAACAGAUGGUUGAUGCACUAUAUAUUAUCAA